UUGGGAGAACCAGUGCACAAGCUCCACCACUUCCCAGGUCAACUCCAGUACCCACAAAUAAUUUGAAAGAAGAUUCAGAAACAGAAGUUAAAAUUAGGACUACAGAAUCAAGGAAAACUACCCCAAAACAGGAUAUACAUUUGAGAAUUCAGAUAGUCCCAUACCAAAAUAGCCAAAAUGGUCCUAAAUACCAACAUAAGGGAGAAGUAAGUGGCCCCGAGAAGACUUAUGAAAAGAGACAAAAACAGAAAACUGGAGUGAAAGUUGAAAAGCAUCCUGAGAAAACUCAGAGUAAAGAAGAGAGAAGAGUAAAAAGAGACAAAAGAAAAGAUACUGAGAAAGACAUGGACAAGGAAAAGAAAAUAGCUAAGGGGCAAUUGAAGGAAGGAGGUGGUGAAAAAUAUAAAGGUGAAGAAGAAGAAAGGGUAAGCAUGAAAAAUAAGGGAGAUAAGAACAUGGAGGAUAAAGACAAGAAGAAAGAUAAAGACUUAAAGGAGAAUAAAUACAAGGAGAAGGAAAAGAACAAAAAGGAUAAGGUCAAGAAAGGACAUGACGAUAAGACAGAGGACAAGGACACAAAGGGAGAUGAAGACAAGACAGAGGACAGGGACAAGAAAGGAGAUGAUGGCAUAAAGAAGGAUGAGGACAAGGACAAUAAGGGAAAUGAAAAUAGGAAAGAGGACAAGAACACAAAAGGGGGUGAAGACAAGACAGAAGACAGGGACACAAAGGUAGAUGAGAGAAAGGAGGAGGAGGACAAGGACAAUAAAGGAGAUGAAGACAGGACAGAGGACAGGGAAAGGAGUAGAGAUAAUGGCAUAAGGGAGAAUGAGGACAAGGACAAUAAGGGAGAUGUGGACCGGACAGAGGAUAGGAACAAGAAUAGAGAUGGGGACAUAGAGGAGGAGGAGGACAAAGACAAUAAUGAAGAUGAGGACAUAAAGGAAGAUGAGCACAAGGACAAGAAUGAAGAUAAGGACAGGAGAGAGGACAGGGAUAGGAAUGUAUAUGAGGACAUAAAGGAGGAUGAGGACAAAGACAUGAAUGAAGAUGAGGAAAUAAAAGAGGAUGAAAACAAUGACAAUGAGGGAGAUGAGGACAGGACAGAGAACAGAGACAAGAAUGGAGAUGAGGACAUAAAGGAGGAUGAUGACAGGACAGAGGAGAAAGACAAGAAAAGAGGUGAAGACAAGACAGAAGACAAGGAUAUGAAAGGAGAUUCUAUGAAACAAAAAGAUAAAAUAAAGGUGGCUAAAGAGGACAAGAAGAACAUAGACCCAAAAGAAGGCAAGGGAAAGAAAAUGGGCAGUAAGAAAAGGGUCUCAUUGAGGAAAACUCCGCAUUUCAUAAACUAACAAAACAAUUGAAUAAUUUUGCUACAACACAUAAACUUCAAAAAACUAAAUGCCCAUUUUCUAUGAUAGAGACGAAAAUAAUACAUUCCUUACAUUCUUUUUAAUCACAAAUUUUCUUUUCCUUUGCUUGUAAUCUAGCAACAUCUCCUUCAGAAAUUGCUUAUUUUUAGAUCUCUCAGUUUCAAACUUCAGCUGCCAAAUGUGAGUUUUUCAAAAUGUAUGUUCAUGAUGUAUCAUUUUCAGGAAAAUACAAUUAAUAAAAAUUAAA